CCCACACGUCAGAGCCCACAGAAUUCCCCGACCUCUCUUUUUUCUCGAUGCCCGACCCGAUCUCCUACGCCCCGCCGCCGGCUCGCUGGCCGCCUCCACCGUGCGCCUCGCCGUCGCGCUGGCUAGCCGCCUCGCCGCCCUACACCGUCUAACCGCCGCCAUGAAUCCGCUUCCGUCCCCGUCCCCGAUCUCGCAGCCAACGCCCUCUCCGGCUUGCUCCCGUCCCCGUCUGGAACCAUCCCUUCCCCGCGGCCUGGCUUGCCCCUCCCUGAUUACCACCACCGUGCCUCUCUAGCUCGCCGGCGCUGUCCACCGCGUGGCAUCCGUCCCCAAGACGAGGUGGCCCCUCGAUCUCUCCUCCUAUCCCUCGGUCGGACGACCAACUAGAGGUGCUGCUUGCCAAAUUAGCAAGGGAACAAAUGGAUACCGAUGAUGAGUACUACUACAAGGAGUAUUUAAACUCAUCUUCCUCUUCAGAUGAAGAUUCCGAUGAUGACUAUCUGAUUGCAGCUGCUCUUGCGGCAGAAGAGGAAGAUGCAGAGCCUAUGUACAGGGGGGCUACAACAGGGCAUAGAGUACUUGAUCGAGAGAGGGCACAAGGUCAUAUUCGCCUCUACAAAGACUAUUUUGCAGCUACUCCGGUGUAUGGUCCGGCGAUGUUUAGGCGUCGCUUCAGAAUGGCAAAGCAUGUGUUCAUGCGCAUUGUGAAUGGUAUCAGAAACUAUGAUGACUACUUCAUCCUGAAGAGAGAUUGCACUGGGACACUUGGGUUUUCUUCCCUCCAGAAGUGCACUGCUGCUAUCCGGAUGGUUGGAUAUGGUGCUCCAGCCAAUGCCAUUGAUGAAUACCUUCGAAUGUCUGAGUCAGUUUGCGUUGAAGCAAUGCUGAGAUUUUGCACUGCGGUGGUGAAGGUCUUUGGUUCAGAAUACUUGAGAGAGCCAAAUGCUGAGGACACGACACGGCUUAAGGCAAUCGGAGAAGCAAGAGGGUUUCCUGGGAUGCUUGGAUGCAUUGAUUGCAUGCAUUGGGAAUGGAAGAAUUGUCCAUAUGCUUGGCAAGGGCAGUACCAAGGUCAUGUUGGGGAGCCUACUAUCAUUCUUGAAGCUGUGGCAUCAUAUGAUUUGUGGAUUUGGCAUUCUUUCUUUGGCAUGCCAGGGUCUCAUAAUGACAUCAAUGUGCUUCAGAGGUCUCCACUGUUUGCAAGGCUUGCUGAAGGAAAUGCACCGGAGUGCAACUUUGAUGUGAAUGGACACCCAUAUACCAUGGGGUACUACCUUGCCGACGGUAUUUAUCCCCAGUGGGCGACAUUUGUGAAGACAAUCUCUAACCCACAAGGCAAUAAAAGAGCUCUUUUUGCACAACAACAAGAAAGUGCAAGGAAGGAUGUGGAGCGGGCAUUUGGAGUGCUCCAAUCCCGUUGGGCUAUUGUUAGGGGGCCAGCUAGAAUGUGGCAACCAGAGACGCUGUGGGAGGUCAUGACUGCGUGUGUCAUCAUGCACAACAUGAUUGUGGAGGAUGAGUGUGAAGGUGCAGAAGAUGUUGAUUUUGACUACAUGGGAGAGCUUAUCGUGCUACCAGAGCAACAAGAAGCUCAACUAGUUGAUUUUCUUCAAAUGCAUCGAACAAUCCGUGAGAAGGAAAUGCAUCAACAACUUAAUGAUCUAGUUGAGCACAUAUGGGAUCGUCAUGGAAACCAUUAGUUUGCAGCUACUGAAUUACUUGAUGUUUGUAGCUAUAAUGGAAGCAAAGGUAUGUCUAUGAACUGAUUUUAAAAAUCUGUACCUUGAUGUUUGUAGCUAUAACGGAAGCAAAAUACAGAAUAGAUUUUGUUUUGUUUGUGCAGACUAGAAAACCUUGGAUGUUUACUGUUGCUUCAUCUUGUAUUGAUGCCUGUUAUAUAAAUGGAUUUUCUUAAUUGUA